AUGGCAUUUGAACAAGGACUCGUGUUGGUGUCGGGGGCCAAUGGAUACUUGGCUAUGCAUUGCGUCGACCAGCUGCUGAAAAAGGGUUAUAAAGUACGAGGCACUGUUAGGAGUCAAGCCAAAGUCUCUGAGGUCGUCAACCUGUUUCCAGAGCACAAGGACAGCUUGGAGGUGAUAGUGGUUGAAGAUAUGGUCAAGGACGGUGCAUUCGACCAAGCUGUUGUUGGUUGCACCGCCAUAUUACAUGUCGCAUCACCAGUGAUUUUCGCAAAGGAGAAUCCAAUCGACAAUGUCAUUACUCCUGCUAUACGUGGUACGACCAAUGUCUUAAAGUCUGCCAUGGAAUACGGAUCUAACGUCAAGAGGGUCGUUGUCACCAGCAGUUUUGCUGCUGUACGGAACGAUAGCUAUGGACCGGAUUACGCAUACACUGAAAAUGAUUGGAAUGUCGAGUCAAGACCUGAAGCUGGUGGAAUGGAAUCUUAUAGGGCGUCUAAAGCUAUGGCAGAGAAAGCAGCCUGGAAGUUCAUGGGUACUGAAAAGCCUACCUUUAAGUUAACCGUAAUAAAUCCAGUAUGGAUUAUCGGGCCUUCGAUAUCAAACACAGUCAACACCACGACCGGUCUGAUUCUAGAAAUGCUAAAGGGAGGACCGAUUCAACCUUCUUGGAUGGGGUUUGUUGACGUGAGAGAUGUUGCAAGAGCCCAUAUCAUUGCUCUGGAAAAUCCUGCCACAGCUGGACAACGGUAUAUAUGUUGUGGGACAGUCAAGUCGUUCCCAGAGGUUGCAACCAUCUUGUCUAAAAUGUAUCCAAAGGAACCAGUAGUUGCUCAAAAUGGAGAAUUUCCUCCAGUUCCAAGAAUCAACACGGCGAAAAUCGAAAAAGAAAUGGAUUUCAGCUUCAUUCCAUUCGAGCAAACUCUCAGAGAGACUGCAGAUCAAGUUCUCGCGUUAGAAAAGAAGUGA